AUGUCCGCCGCCAGGGAGACAAUCAAGCUGGAGUUCAAGCAGAACAACAGCCCGUGCUACUCGGGCGGCACGGGCAGCUUGCUGGACGGCGCCGGCGGCGACACGAGCAGCUCGCCGGGCAGCACGUCGGCGCCGCCGACCGCGUCCACCGUUUCGGCAGUGUCGGCGGCCGCUGCGGCGGCCGCCGCCGCCGUCUCGUCGGGCCACCCGCACCACUCGGCGCCGCAGUUCAACAUCUUCCCCGCAAUCUUCUCGCGGCAGCUCAACUUCACGUCGUCGCAGAAGCUGGACGAGCUGCGCGGCGCCUCGCUGGCCGCCGCCGUCGACCACCAGCAGACGCUGGACGAGCGGGCUGAGUUGAAGCGCGCCGUCAAGUGCGGCGCCGACGACUUCUCGGCCCUGUACGCCCUCCACCAGCAGCACCAGCACGACCUGCCCAGCUCCGGCUCGCAGACGCCCAUCUCGGCCGCCACCCCGCCAGGCGCCCUCGCGCGCGCCAUCGCCGACCCUUCCGGUGUAGAAGGAGCAUUCAAAAAACUGAAACCCGACCCUGGCGUGAGUCUGGGUAGCGGCGGCUCGCUGAGUUCCAUCCACGCUGGACACACGCCAACCACUUCGUCUUGUCCCACGCCGGCCAGAAGAAGACACAGGACAACAUUUACUCAGGAGCAAUUAGCAGAAUUAGAAGCAGCAUUUGCAAAGUCACAUUAUCCAGAUAUUUAUUGUAGAGAGGAACUAGCGAGAACCACCAAACUGAACGAAGCUCGCAUCCAGGUCUGGUUCCAAAAUAGACGGGCCAAGUACCGGAAGCAGGAGAAACAGCUCCAGAAGGCUCUGGCGCCGUCAGUGAUACCCGCGUGCAACGGCAUGAUGCGGAAUAUCUACCCCACAGCCACCAGAGCCUACCAACCCUACCCACACCCCAACUCCAUUAACAGCAUGAACAGCCGGUUUUCGCAGAUGAGUUCGUCGUCGUCGUACCCGUCGAUGGCGCAGCCCUUCUCAAUGUCUCACUCGGCGGCCAACAUGAGCGCCAUGUCGGCCGGGAUGCGUCAGGAUGCAAUGGGGAUCAGCGGCGAGGACGAGUGGUACAACAAGAGUCUUUCUGCACUGCGGAUGAACAGCUCACACCACCCGAACUUAUCGACGCCCAUCCUGCAAUACCAAACGUAGAGGGACGAGAGCUAGGACGCGAGCGAGCGAGAGAGAGCGAGCGAGAGCAAGAAUUAAAUCCCCUGUAAAUAUAACAGCAACGAACAAACAUUAUUUUGUAUGAUAAAAUAGCGCGGCGCGCGCGAGUGCACGCACCGCUAUUUUCGUCGUGCUGUGCGCAAGCAGGGGCAGACCAACACACGCACCUUGAUCGACGCGCACGCACGCACGUGGCGUGUGUGUGCGCGCCAAUGUACCCUAUUGCGGCGAACAGCAAAAUUCUACUUAUCCCGAAUCGACGGCGGUGGACAUUUUUCGAACACUCUUCAUAAUCUGUGUCUAAUAAUUGGGCUUGCAUAUCGAUCAUCCAUCUCUAGUCACGAAAUCUCACUUGCAUUCGUUUUGUUCGUUCAGACACUUAAUCUACGGCUAGUGCGCGGCGCGAUUCGAAUUUUUCGCCCUUCUUUGUGUACUCCCCUUUCCGCUGUAUACGCCUGAAACUGCAUUUUCCUGCUAACUCUAGUCUCUUUAUUUAAAAUCCUAAGUGUUUAAAGUCAAGGAUUGUUGCUAUAUUUUUAAGCUGCUUUAAACCUAUUUAAUUAAAUCAAGCUGAACUUAUGUCAACCAAUUCUAACUAGUCAAUUUGUAAAUGAAAAACCUCAGAAUAAAUAAACUAACAUAAGUUAUAAAUACUCUGCUCAAUUGGCUGCUCGUUUUUUGCUAUUAAAUUCCGGACCAAAAUCAUUUUAAUAACUAGUCGAAUUCUAGUCUCAGGAAAGUGCCAGUUUCACAGCCCCGAUCCCGUUCUGGCAGCCAAUUUCUCAUUCACAACACAUUAUGAUUGUGCGAAUCUGUAAUUUAUUUUUAUGACAUUUGGAGUGUUUGUCUAAAGCAUUUGUGCAGUAUGUACGGUACAUGUCGUUUCAAUAAAUAUGAAUGUGCAAAUUUGACAAUGC